GCUGGGCUGGGUACUGUCCAAUCAGGCACGCAGCUUGAGCGGAGAGGACGGCUUCCGGGAUGUGGCGGGAUUUGUCGGAUCCUUUGUCUCCAGCUGCAGCUGGAGCUCCAGGUUUCGUCUUCACUGCUGUGUCCUCUGCUUCUAGAGGCGCAGGCUGUGUGGCCCUGUGACCUGCAGGUAUUGGGAAUCCACAGCUAGGACGCCGGGACCCCCCGGAAGCCUAGAAAUGGACGACCUGAGAUAUGGAGUGUAUCCUGUCAAGGGGGCAGGUGGAUACCCUGGGGCUGAGAGGAAUCUUCUGGAGUACUCUUAUUUUGAAAAGGGGCCGUUGACAUUUAGGGAUGUGGUCAUAGAAUUCUCUCAGGAGGAGUGGCAAUGUCUGGACACUGCUCAGCAAGAUUUGUAUAGGAAAGUGAUGUUAGAGAACUUCAGAAACCUGGUGUUCUUGGCAGGUAUUGAUGUCUCUAAGCCAGAUCUGAUCACCUGUCUGGAGCAAGGAAAAGAUCCCUGGAAUAUGAAGAGACACAGUAUGGUAGCCACACCCCCAGUUAAAUGUUCUCAUUUUGCCCAGGACCUUUGGCCACAGCCAGGCAUAAAAGAUUCUUUCCAAAAAGUGAUACUGAGAGAAUAUGGAAAAUACGGACAUAAGGAUUUACAGUUAAGAAAAGGCUAUAAAAGUAUGGAUGAGUGUAAUGUGCACAAAGAAGGUUAUAAUGAACUAAACCUGUGUUUAACAACUACCCAGAGCAAAAUAUUUCAAUGUGAUAAAUAUGGGAAAGUCUUUCAUAAAUUUUUAAAUUCAAAUACACAUAAGACAAGACAUACUGGAAAGAAACCUUUCAAAUGUAAAAAAUGUGGCAAAUCAUUUUGCCUGCUUUUACACUUAAGUCAACAUAAAAGAAUUCAUGUUAGAGAGAAUUCUUACCAAUGUGAAGAAUGUGGCAAAGCUUUUAAAUGGUUCUCGACCCUUACUAGACACAGGAGAGUUCAUACUGGAGACAAAUCCUACAAACAUGAAGAAUGUGGAAAAGUUUUUAACCAGUCCUCAACUCUUACUAGACAUAAGGUAAUUCAUACUGGAGAGAAACACUGCAAAUGUGAAAAAUGUGGCAAAGAUUUUAAACAGUCCUCACACCUUACUAAACAUAAGAUAAUUCAUGCUAGAGAGAAACCCUACAAAUGUGAAGGAUGUGACAAAGCUUUCUGCCAAUUCUCAUACCUUACUAAACAUAAGAUGAUUCAUACUGGAGAGAAACCCUACAAAUGUGAGGAAUGUGGCAAAGCUUUUAAUUGGUACUCACACCUUACCAGACAUAAGAUAAUUCAUACUGGAGAGAAACCCUACAAAUGUGAAGAAUGUGGCAAAGCCUUUAAUGUAUUUGCAACCCUUACCAGACAUAAGAUAAUUCAUACUGAAGAGAAACCCUACAAAUGUGAAGAAUGUGGCAAAGCUUUUAAACAGUCCUCAAACCUUACUACUCAUAUGAAAAUUCAUUCUGGAGAGAAACCCUACAAAUGUGAAGAAUGUGGCAAAGCUUUCUUCCGAUUCUCAUACCUUACUACACAUAAGAUAAUUCAUACUGGAGAGAAACCCUACAAAUGUGAGGAAUGUGGCAAAGCUUUUAACUGUUACUCCUACCUUACUGCACAUAAGAUGAUUCAUACUGGGGAGAAACCCUACAAAUGUGAAGAAUGUGGCAAAGCUUUCUACCGAUUCAUAUACCUUACUACACAUAAGAGAAUUCACACUGGAGAGAAACCCUACAAAUGUGAAGAAUGUGGCAAAGCUUUCUACCGAUUAUCUUACCUUACUACACAUAAGAUGAUUCAUACUGUAGAGAAACGCUACAAAUGUGAGGAAUGUGGCAAAGCUUUUAACUGGUACUCACGCCUUACUAUACAUAGGAGAAUUCAUACUGGUGAGAAACCCUACAAAUGUGAAGAAUGUGGCAAAGCCUUCAGUGUAUUCUCAACUCUUACUAAACAUAAGAUAAUUCAUACUGGAGAGAGACCCUACAAGUGUGAAGAAUGUGGCAAAGCCUUUAAUGUAUUCUCAACCCUUACUAAACAUAAGAGAAUUCAUAAUGGAGAGAAACCCUACAAAUGUUUAGAAUGUGGCAAAGCUUUCUACCAGUUCUCAUACCUUGCUACACAUAAGAUGAUUCAUACUGGAGAGAGACCCUACAAACAUGAAGAAUGUGGCAAAGCUUUUAACUGUUCCUCACAAGUUACUAGACAUAAGAUAAUUAAUACUGGAGAGAAACCCUACAAAUGUGAAGAAUGUGGCAAAGCUUUUAAAAAGUCCUCAAACCUUACUAAUCAUAAGAUAAUUCAUACUGGAGAAAAACCCUACAAAUGUGAAGAAUGUGGAAAAGCUUUUAACCAGUCCUCAACUCUUACUAGACAUAAGAGAGUUCAUACUGGAGAGAAACCGUACAAAUGUGAAGAAUGUGGCAAAGCUUAUAACUGGUCCUCAAACCUUACUAAACAUAAGAGAAUUCAUACUGGAGAGACACCCUACAAAUGUGAAGAAUGUGGCAAAGCUUUUAACCAAUCUUCAACCCUUACUAUACAUAAGAUAAGUCAUAUUGGAGAAUAACAUUACAAAUGUGAAAAAUGUGGCAAACCUUAUCACCGGUACUCAUACCACUACACAGGAGAAUUCAUAUGGAAGAGAAAUUCUACAAAUGUGAAGAAUGUGGCAAAGGCUUUAACUGGUCCUCUACCCUUACUUGUGGGCAGCAACCCACCCAGGUGCUCAGGCAAGAGACUGAGGGCACGAAUUGUUCCAGUAUAAUAAAAUAUAUAAAAUAAGAA